AAACUGUGAAAGAGGCAGGGACCUACAGGAUCUGCUGCAGGAGGCGGAGAGAAAACGGCCGCCAGAUCCCAGGGAACAGGGCUUGGACCAUGGAUGCAGGGGCAGCCCCGAGGUGGAGAGGGAAGGUGUAGGGUCAAGGGAAGGAGCGGGCAGCGGCGGCGAGCAAGGAUGCAAGACUAGCGGGGCAAGGCUGACGGAGAGGUCGGAGGAGGGAUCGAUGGUGGCAUUCGGCGUGUAGGGAGGGGAAGGCGCGGGGCAAGAUCGGCGGAGAAGGGGGAAGAGCACCCGAGAGCCAAGGAUCAGGACAGGAUCGGUGCUCCUUGACCAGGGGAUGAAGAAGGGGGGUAGGAGACUGAGCGCCAGGCUCUCGAGGUAGCAGGAUGUGGGCAGGGUCCAGGGGCAACUACGGCAGGAGUUGUUAGAUCCUCUCCAUUUCUUGGUCUCGCUGAUCAAACUUCCCGGAGGCAUCAGAAGGGACCCCCCAGCCCCUUAGUACCGCCUCGCCUGCUGCCCUGUGCCCGUCCCCUCCCGGUAAGAGGAAGCGGAGUUGUUGCCACCCUUGCUGUAAAAGGGGAGAGCGGGGAGUCCUUCCUCUCAACUCUCCAGGAGAAGAUCUAAGAGUGCCCAGGGGCUGGCAAGCGGCCUCAUCCAGCCCAGGGGCUAUGGAACGGGUGGAGAUGAUUAACAUCCAGCGCCUUCUGGAGGCAGCUGAAUACCUGGAGCGCAGAGAGAGAGAGUGUGAGCAUGGGUAUGCCUCGACCUUCCCCUCCAUGCCGAGCCUCGGACUGCAGGACCCAAAGCCACCGCAGAGGCUGAGCCGGGCAAGAAAGCAUAGCAGCGGAGGGAGCAGCACGGGCACUGCUAACAGAUCUACGCACAAUGAACUAGAAAAGAACCGACGAGCUCACCUCCGCCUGUGUCUAGAACGUUUAAAAGUUCUGAUACCACUAGGACCUGACUGCUCCAGGCACACAACCCUCGGGCUGCUUAACAAAGCCAAAGCACAUAUCAAGAAACUUGAAGAGGCUGACAGGAGAAGCCAGCACCAGCUUGAUAACCUGGAAAGAGAGCAAAGAUUCUUAAAGCGAAGAUUGGAACAGCUGCAGGGCUCUCAGGAGAUCGAGCGAAUACGAAUGGACAGCACUGGAUCAACCAUUUCCUCAGAUCGCUCUGAUUCAGAGCGGGAAGAAAUCGAAGUGGAUGUGGAAAGCACAGAGUUCUCCCAUGGAGACGUGGAUGAUAUCAGCACAACCAGUACAAGUGACAUUGAUGACCACAGCAGCUUGCAAAGCAUUGGGAGUGAUGAGGGUUACUCCAGCGCUAGUGUCAAGCUCUCCUUCACUUCCUAGAGCAUGGUGCUAGGGCAGAGCAGAUGAUUUCUUUGGGGUAGUUGAAGUUCACACAGCAGAGCUCUUAGAUACAGUAUUUUUCUUCUCCGAACCGCACUUCAACAGCUAAGCUUGGACAGAUGCAACUCUAGAAUAGCUCUGUGGGUCCACAGGAGGGUGGGAACCUAACAGGGGAGUCAGUCAGUCUCCAUGCUGUCAUAGUCCAAAAUACUGACUUAGUGCUGAACCCAUAGCUAUUUUGACGUCUGAAGCAGGACUCCAGUUGUGCACAGCUGGACUGAGAUUUGCCCAUGUAUAAGUGGAUAGCUUUGCUAAGAGAUUAUUUGAUUUGGACAAGGGAUCUUGGUUAUUCUGGCCCCAAUCCUUUUUCUCAGUUUGUCAUACCUUCUGAGAAAUGGAAAUUUUUCCAUCUUCCAAAUUUAGCAAGCUUUGUUAAGAGCCCUUGUGGUGCUAAAUAUAAAUAAAAACGUUAGUCCAAUAUCUCAUGAUGAUGAUCUAACGCUAGUCCCAGAUUGUGGGACAAAAGUAGCCAAGGUGAUACUAGUUUCUUGGACCAGCCUCUUCUGAUGAGUUUGCACAAUUUUAUGAAUUACAAAACUCCUUUUUUCAUUCUCCUUAAAAUCCCAUCACUUGAUUGAAGCUUCUUUCCCCCUUUAACCUGAACGCGAGAACUAUGGGAAGUUCUUGUGUACUCUCACCAGCAGUAGCUAGUCCAGUCAACACCUUCUGCCCACUAGGUUUCUCCAGUCAGCUCUGAUCAUUAUUACCUAAGAGAUAACAAUAAUAGUUAGAAGCUCUGCUCAUGCCCUGUGAAAAGAGAGGUGCUGCAAAUCUGGAAGCAAUUCUCAUUCAGCUCAACUUUUCAGCUGGACAUUGUUUCAAGGCAAGAGCUUGUGCCGCAUUAUUUAGCACUAGGGUGUUGAGCUGUAAAAUACCAGCACACAGUGCAACUGCUCUCUGGAUUCAAUGGCUACAGCAGUAACUCCUUGUCUUGUAGAGUGAUGCUUCUGACAGAGCGAGACAGACAGACAGACAAGCCUGUAAAAGAUAUGAUGUGCAGGAAAGGCACAGCCUCCAUUCUGAGCCGCAAUGAUCCUUUUUUUUUCCUUUUGCAAAUUAUUUUGAUAAAUGUUUGUAAAAGUUGUUCAGGUGAGAGAACCUACAUGCAACAAUGUCUUUUUAGAACUCGUAGGCAUGAUUCUGCAGAUGUCUUUUGUAACUAACACCAAUGGAAAGGGACCCGUUUUUCUGCUGCCAUGCACAAAAGGAACAGGGAACUCUCCUCGGGUUUUAUGGCUCUUCCUUUUGAUUUCCUUUAUGGAUUCCCUUUGCAAACUUUGCCACCUGGAUCCAACCAUAGUUGUGGGCCCACAGUUAACAUGGCAUGUGUCUCACAGUUCCUCAGGGGACGCCUCCCACUCUCCCUGAGCAGGAACUGUUGCAGUUGUCUUGCUGUUAACAAAAUAAGAUUGUAUCCAAUUUUUUAAAAAUGAUUUUCCUUUUGCGAUAAGCUUUCUAACCUGCACUUUGAGGUCUUCUUUGCUUUCACUUUUAAGUUUUUAACUACAAGGAUUUUUAUUAUUGUUCCUUUACCAAGUUUAAACUUCUUUUUUUAGAGACCUCAUUUAUGACACUUGUUUGAGACUUAAGUAAUUUGCCUACCCCGUAAUUACUAAGGGAAAAAAAGAGAAAAAGAGAAAAAAAUGCUUUAUAAAAUUCAUAACUUAUUGCUGAUUAUAAUUAUUGGGUUGUUAAUUUCAGUCCUGUAGAUUUUUAAUUUUAUUAUUCUUUAGAUAGGGCUGGGCGACAAAAAACAAAAAAACAAAAAAAACAAGGUAACCUCAUUUAGCAGUGCAGUGGAAUUGUGUUUAAAUGUUAGCAUAUGGUUCUGCUUAAUAGUAGCACUUUAACACCAUUAAACAUUUCUGUAUCUGAAAUGCACUGUGUUCUGCCAUUUUGGUCACUCAUGAUAAUAUUUUAGAAUUCCCAUGUUCUUGUGCCUGGAAGUUUUUUUAAAAACCUAUUGGCCAUGUGAUUAGAUGACCCCAAAUGACCUCUCAUGUAGAUCUUGUCUUGAUACUGAUAUGCUGCGUGUAUGUUUGAACCCACAUGUUAUCCAUUCACCCCAGAGCUAUUACUGUGUCAUAUAAUACAAGACACAACUUUAGAACCUGUGUCAUGAAAUAGAAGCAUAAUCCCACCAAGGUUAUAGUGUGUUUUAUAGAGCUGGGGUUUUUUAUUUUUUAUUUUGUUUGGUAAAGCCUGAAUCCAGUUGUUGUUCUACAUUAAUCUUCCCUAGGUGACUCUAUAAACAUUCUGGUUUACUGCAUGUGGUACUCUCUCCCUCUAGUGGCUGGAAUAAGAACCCAUUAGUUGUAGUUAAUGGGAGUAAAACGUUCAGCUGAACCAGUAGCAACAACUUUUAUAGUACUGAGGUCUGUUAAUUGGCCCAUUAUCUGCAUGUGUGAAGCUAUAGCGUCCCAGCACAAUUCUUUGGGGCUGUCAGAAUGACUGGCGAGAACUCAAAAUGAGCCAAAAUUGUAGUACUGAGUUGUGUGGGUAGCCUUGGUUUGUGAUUUUGCAGACACAAAAAUCUGUCCCACUGACAUCCUUUGAGUCCAUUUCUGAUCACAGGAGCUCAUGUAGCAGAGUACAUGCUUUGAAGGUAAAAGGAGUUGAGUUCAAACCCUGACAUCUCUGGUUGGAAAUUUUUUUUUAGAAGGACUAGAAAAAAGAUGAGCCUGGAAAGUUGCUGUCCAGAUGUUGAAUACUGAUCUGAUUUAAGUGCUGUUAUGUGUCAAGAUCAUGUAAAAAAUAAUUAGAUGGGAAGGACGGACAAGUCUCUUUAUGCAUUACUUUGUUGAAGGGGUAACAUGACUGUUCCUGGACUCUCUUGAAGAGUGUUUGGGGAGGAGGAAUUUCCUAGCUCCAUAGAUUCCCAGAAUGAUUUAGAAUGUUGGGGAGGUUCUCUCCUUCAGAAGUUAUUCCACAACAAGGCACCAGGAAGAGCUGUGUGUGACCUUUGGGUUAGAGCUAGACACACAACCUCCCUUUGUAUAAUAAGUAACAUAUAAAAAAGAUUCUACCUACACUAAAUUCUGCACAAGCACAAUAUAAACCUAGAGGGUCUUUGAAGUGUUGCUCUAGAAUCACAUAUAACAGUUUGUUGAAGAGCCACUGCAACAAGGUACAACAGGCUGAAUAUGUAUGUUAUGUUAGCCAUUCUAUUUUUUUUAAAAAAGAAAAGGGUACGUUUGCGUAAUAGAGUCAUAGUGAUAGCCAGAAAGCAGCUCAAACUUCAAUAUAACAGCUAGAAAAGGCUUUAUUUCCCCAUGUUCGUCAUUAAAUUGAAUUUAUAUCUUGAAAUUUCCUCUUGUUCCUUACACUUGAGAUACAUUUAUAUAAUCUUCUCCCCCUCCCCAUGUCUAAUUUGUAAUGUGACCCUAUGCUUGUUUGCUCAGAAGUCACACUGUGUUCAGUGGUGUUUCACUUUCAGAUAAACAUGCCUAUAUCUGUAGACAGAGACCCAAAAGUUAAAUGUGACUUUGCAUUUGGCAUACAGCUUGCAUCAGCUGCAGGAAUGGGCCAUUUCCAAAACUGGUAAUCCCAUAUAGGUGCAUCACCAGGCCUUGAAUGGCUGGGAAAUUCUAUUCACCCAAAAGCUAAUGAACAUAAAAAGGCUAAACUGACUUCAUUAUCACCAAGACUGUUGACAUUCAUGAUGCUUACUGAGAAAUAUAUCAGUCCAGGUUUGUCUUCAUCUUGGUGAAAGCUCUUAUUUGAGGUAUUUGUCACUGUUAAUGCUUGUGUGGGUAAUGCCAAGAAUGGAUGUGUACCUUACUAUAUCCAGAAGAUGCGCAAGAGUUAUGUUUGUUUUCUGCCACCUAGGAAAUGAUGGACAUAAGCAACCACUAGUGAGGUUGCUAGUGUCUAUGUUUAUUCUCUCUCUAGGAUUAGGCAUGGAUAUUUCCAAACCUUGCUAUAGGAGAGCCAUAUUCCUGGAGAUGCGGGGAUUGAACUUUUUCCAUGCAAAUCAUGUGCCCUAUAUCUGAGCUUUUUUGAAUGUGAUGAAAAAUGGAAGCAGCAGCUGUACAUGCAUGGCCACUUUUCCCUGAACAGUCUUGAGUGAGGCAACUAGACAGCACUGAACUUCAAACUCAUGCAAUGUGAUGGACUACAUGACUUGGAGCACGCUAUGGCACUUCAGUUCAAAGACAGUAACAUACUAGUGGAAUGGGCUUAUAUGGGCAAUAACAACUUACAGUUAAUUAAAAUUCAUGAUUCUCAGAAACUUGAAACCCUCUUUUGUUGUGACUUCAUCUUUUGCUCUUCAGACUUCAUGCACUGAGGAGCUGGAAACUGCAGUUCCAUUAUAACAUGAUUGGUCAUGCAACACAAAAGUGGGAAAAGGGUUGUGAGUUAAAGGAGAUUUAACCAAUGUGAACCAAUGAUCUUAGCUUCCAGAGGCAGAGCACCAGGACCAGUUGACGUACCAUGGUCUGCAUCAGAUCAAUGGCGUUAGAGAAACUGGCCAAUGUUGGAGCCAACUGAAAGUAGCAGUUGUUACUGUUCACUCUUCACCUAUGGCCUAAUCCUUAGCCAUUUUACAACGCUGUAACAACUGGCCUCCCUGGUGCACAGUCUACACCUGCCAUCAUUAAAUUACGCCACUGGAAAGUUCUAAAUAGCAAGAUAAUUUACAAAAGAAGGAACACUAAAAACAGAAUCGUCAACAUCAAGAAUUGUUCAUUUUUCUCCUCUCUAGCCAAGUUGCAAAUAAUUUUUUUAACUACUAAACACUAUCCACUAUUUCUCUGUUCAGCUGGUCAAACCAGUGUGGGUAUAUAUAAGCCAGUGUCAGAACUAUUUUUUUUUAAAUGCUAAAGAUCCUUUUAGAAAAACAGGAAAUUUGGAUGUAAAUGCUACUAAAAUAGCUAUGAAUAUCUAUGUCCUCAUACUUCAGAUACCACUAGCAUUUACGUAGUUUGCCCCCACCCCUCUUGAUUCCUUGUAGCACAAUAUGAUCUUGGUUUUAGUAUAUUACUCUAUUAACAACCACUGCAUACAGAAGGAACCUGCUUCUAUGACUAUAACAGGACUAAAGCUCAGGGCCAACUCAGAUGAUCACUGUACACAAAAUAGCUGGGGGGGGGGAGAGAGAGAAUGCACAAGCGUUCUACACUGGACUAACCUUCAGCUCAAUACUAGGCAGAGGAUCCAGCAUCAGGAGUUCAAGAAACAAUGGUUACUGCGGCAUGCCAAAAGCUGAAUGCUGCAUGUGGCUGUGGGUGUAUAAGACAAGCUGCUAAGGAAAACGGCAGGAUUUUCCAGUAGCUACUAUUGCGAAACUUCUACGUGUGUGAAUCAACCUUCAGCUCCUUUCCUAUUUUCUGUACAUUUAAGAUAGAUAUUUAAGCAAAGUUACUUACCUGAAGUGGCUACCUUCCUCACCCACCCCCAAAUGCAAGCUACAGUAGCAUUGUACAGUUUCACAAAUACACAGCUAUCCUUAAUUUCUGUUACAAAAGCAGCAGGGACCAAGUCAUACACAAAGAGUUCAACAGGCUGGUCAUUUGAUUACAGUGGGCUCAAGCAUGCCAAACACUCUAUUAUACCGUGGCUAAAAUCUCCAGUCAAGUAAGUGUAGCGGCAUUACUGCUCCUAAUGCUCUGCAAGAUUAACUUGUCAUACACAAACAAAAAACAAUGAAAUCUACAAGGCUAUGUAGGAUUUGAAGAGCUGAACAGUAAAAUCAAUUACUGAAUCCAAUGUGGAAGACACACAUCAAUUCAGACAUUUGCUAGAUAGAAAAAUAUCAGCAAGUCCUGCUAGAAAUUUUACAGGAGCUAGAAACUUAGCAGGCGCUCCAACACACAACAAAAUAUUGCAUGUCAGGAAGCUGAGUGUAAGUUAUAUACCCUUCCCUAUAGGGACUUCAGCUGACCCCCUAAGGGAGGGACCAACCAGGUUGUGCAACAUGAUGCUCCAAUUGGCAGUAACUAGGGGGUGUAUUCAGGCAGGUGUUUCCUGCAUAGCAGCUCACUGCUUGUUGCAAACUGCCAGAACAGAUUAAUCCCUUUUUUUGAAUGAAGAACAUGCCAAAUGAAGGCAAGCUAGCCCUUUAUAUGCAUAAAAUGCCUUACCCAUUAUAAAAACAUGAUUCAAAUUCAACCCAAAUAAGUAAUGAUAGGGCUCCUCCACAGAGAAAAUGUGCUUCUCUGGAGAUAUUUCUGAUAGUGCUCUUGUUGGAAUAGGCUGAUGUCCCUAUUCAGCACCUAUUGACAUGGUACAUUAAAUUGUUUUAAAAUCACAACAGCUAAGAAAAAAAUGCAUUUUUUCAUCAAUCACUGUUGUGCUACGUAGCUCUUGGAUUUUAAAAUGUCACAGUCUUGCGGUAUAUAAACAAUCCUGCUACUGAUCUUGCAAGCCUAGCCAUCGCAGAAUGCAAAGGAAAUUGUAAUUCAAGCAUGACAUCUCACUUUGCAAUUCUCAAAAUGUUUUCCUAAACUUAGUCUUCUGCAGCUUCUAUUACUUUGCUAUUUUAAAAGAAAAGAGUUACUGCAGUGUAAUCUUGCAUAGGAUUUAUGUUUGCAACUAUUAUAUUCUAAUGUAAAAUGACUACAAUACAGGUCUUUAAACCCAGUAAGUACAUUUUAUCUUCAAUCACAUUAACCAGUGUCUGAUGCACAAAAUUAGGUUUGUGCCAUUAUAAUUUUUCCCAGCUGUUAAAAAAAAUACCAGCAAAUCUGUUUCAGCCUCUACUGAAUUAUGGGUUUCCUUUGUAAUUUGUGUAUUAAAGGGGGAAAUGUACAGUGCUAUGUUUCUAUAUAAUGAUACUGCACUGGUCUAGGAAUGCAAUUCCGUGUUUAAACAGAUAUGUAUCCUCUUGACAAAUAUUUUUAUGCGCAAGUUUAUUUUUAAGAUUUCUGUUAUCACUAUUUUGCUUCCUCUGAGGUUUCCUGAACUUUGAUGCAGUUACUCUAAUGGUGCUGUAGCCAACUGCUACUUGAGGAACUGAAUGAUAAAACCCCCCAACCAAUCCAUGAUUGGUGCUUAAAUUGACCAGCGCCAAUCGUCAAAACAAUACUGAAACAGCAUUAUCUAUAGUGGUGCAGGGAUGGUGCUGACAAAGAUGUUACAUUUUCCAUCAUUGUAAACAUUAUUCUUUUGUUUAUGGGCAUCUAUAUAAACUUGUUUAAAAUAUACAAAUAAAUUUUAUGAAAUUUUA